AUUUAGCACUAAUCAGUUUUGGUUUGGUGAUUUUAGUUUGGGAAUACCCACCAACCAGGCCACCAUUAAUUAGUUGCAUCUGCUAUUGACCAUGCAAAUUACUCAAACAGCCAUGCAAAAGAAAAAGCAAAGCUUCAUCUCUUAUAUAUCUCACAUUCCAACCCAUUUCUCCCACCCUGAUUUUCUCUCAUUCAAGAAAUCCAAGAAAGCAACAAUGGCAUUGGCACCUCUCCUUCACUCUAAGCUUCCUUCGUUCCCGUUUAUUCUUUUGUUUUCUAUCUUCAUAUAUAGCAACAGCUUGUAUGCAAGUGAUUAUCCUCCUUUGUCAUUGGACCACUAUGCAUCUACUUGCCCCACUGUAUUCGACGUUAUCAGGAAAGAAAUGGAGUGUGAAGUGCUUUCAGAUCCACGUAAUGCAGCUCUUGUAGUUCGGCUACAUUUCCAUGACUGCUUUGUUCAGGGAUGUGAUGGUUCGGUUUUGCUAGAUGACACAAUCACAUUGCAAGGAGAGAAGAAAGCAUCUCCAAAUGUAAACUCCCUAAAAGGUUUUAGAAUCAUUGAUAAAAUCAAGAACAAGGUCGAAUCUGAGUGCCCAGGAAUAGUGUCCUGCGCAGAUAUCCUCACCAUCGCUGCAAGAGAUGCAGUGAUUCUGGUUGGUGGACCAUAUUGGGAUGUUCCUGUGGGAAGGAAAGAUUCUAAGACUGCAAGUUACGAGCUCGCAUCAGCAAAUAUACCAACCGCAGAUGAAGGUCUUCUAUCCAUCAUUUCCAAGUUUCUUUAUCAGGGCCUAUCUGUCACAGAUGUGGUAGCUCUUUCGGGGGCACACACCAUAGGAAUGGCUCGGUGUGCAAAUUUUCGAGCAAGGAUUUAUGGAGACUUUGAAACAACUUCAGAUAGAAGUCCAUUGUCUGAGACAUACCUUAGCAACCUGAAAUCUAUAUGUCCAGCUGCAGUAGGGGGAGACAAUAACGUUUCAGCAAUGGACAACAUCACUCCUAACCUUUUCGACAAUUCUUACUAUCAGAUUCUAUUGAAAGGAGAAGGACUGCUAAACUCAGACCAAGAAUUGUAUUCGAGCAUGCUUGGAAUUCAAACAAAGCAGCUUGUUGUGAAGUAUGCUCAUGACCCAGUUGGUUUUUUCCAGCAAUUCUCUGAUUCUAUGGUGAAAUUGGGGAAUAUCAUCAAUCAUGAUAGCUUUGCUAAUGGAGAAGUCAGGAAGAACUGCAGAUUUGUGAACACAUGAGCUGCAACACCUUAAAUCUAUAUUCUAUAGUAAUUUAAUCUAUAUUUAUUUCUCAUGUCAAGAAGUGAAAAACACAGAUUUAUCUGUAACAACUUUUGGAUACUCAAAAAGUACCCAAAAAAAGGCUAUGGAUGUUGAAGUUGUAUUUCUUUUGAUUCAUUUUAAAUACAUAAAAUUAAACUCCAUUUGAUUCAA